AUGAACAUCCACUACCGGUUGAUCCUGCAAAUACACCUAGGAGAAGACUAUGCAGAAGCAGUUGAUGUGGAGAAUAUGCCACCUCAUACUGCGCAACCGCAAGCGAAAAAGGUUUCACCUUCUACUUCCCAACGGCAAGCAGAAAAUGUUCCACCUGCGUAUGGCGAGGAGCUGGAAGAGGUGAACAAUUUAACUACCCGGGAGUUGCUGUUAAAACUUCAUGGUGGAGGACGACCAGGCCGAAUCACCCAGAGUAGCGCCCACAAGCCCCUGUUAAACAUCUCACACUGGCUCUCUGGAGUAGGACGGCACACCCCUCGGGCCCAAGUCAGAAAAUCAACAAAAGCUCGCAAGCAUAAUUCUCGGGAGAGCGGUCCGCUACGAAGCUACCCCGAGGACUUAAUACUCAGAGACAGCGGCACACAGACAAGCCCUGUAAAAUCUACGCCGCCCCCUACAGACACAUCCGACGUCGUAGUCCUUGAAAACGACGUCGGUGCGAAUGAGGACCUCAAGAGCCAAAACAAUCCUUGGGGCGGACCGGAGAUCAUCGUACCGGUCCAGCCCUUGACGUCAACAGCUGGCGUCACGGCCCAAGGUCCGCAACAAGUCCCGCCUCAGCCACCGCCCCUACCACCGCCAUACCCCCCGCAACCGCCAAAACAACAAAGGCCGAAAAGCAGCGAAAGUGACGCUGUCACCCUAGUGAACAACGCAGGGGGCACUGAAUUCCUAAUGAUGCAAUUUUCGAAAAUGAUUAGGGAGGAAGUCACCAGGGCGAUCGAUAUGCGCCUGGGACAGCCUGAAAAGCAAAUGCCGUCAAGGCAGAAAGGCAGAAUUGAACCAACGAGGCCUGAAAGUCAGAAACAGCCAGCGACUUCCCCGACAUCCCCCAGGGGUGAACCGUCGCGUCCCGGAGGAGGCGGUGGCUACUCGGAAACCUGGCAGGAGGUAGUAACUCGAAACUACCAAGGUGUCAGGGGUCCGAGAGCGGAGACUCACCCGUCUUCCAAUACUUCAACAAACAACAGAUUCACACCGCUGGGGGGAGGUGACAACGCAAAACGUCGGGAACCCUUCCCGAGUCUCCCCCCGCCUCAACCGCCGAGCCCGUCCACACCUGGGAAAAGGAGGAAGAAAGGGGGUCAGAACCCCACCCUAAACCCGCAGCGACCACCAGCAGUGCAACAAGAACCAAGCAACACGAUACGGGAGAAAGACACCUUCCCCGGGGCGGACAUCGUCGUCCAACCCAGAUUUAGUAACGUCACAGUUACUUGCAACGACGUGUGGACGGAGCUGACCAAAACAGUCAACCCCAGAGACCGCAAGUCACCGCAACAACUAAGGUAA